AUGGAGGAGGCAGGCUCUCGGGCCCAAUCAGCUGGAUUGGCCUGGCUUGAACAGUGUCAGGCCUUGAUGGAAGCCAGCAAAGCCAGUUGGCCCGCCAGGCCGAUACUGAACAAACCUCUUCAACUGCAGGAACUGGAGGCAAAAGCCGACGAGUUGUAUCAAGAGCUUGAGGGAGUCGACUCGGAUGACGAGGACAGCGAGGCCCAGCGCCAAGCAAAACAAGAGUCGUUGGUAGCUCUCGAGAGAGAGUUAAGGCCGCUUAAGACGGACUGGGACCGCACGUGCAGGGAUGCUCAUGUGGCGUACCGCCCCGAGGACGAGAUGAAAGCAAAUUCUCUCAUGAACAACUUCUUCAACCUUUAUAAAGAUUUCGGCCUCCCCAUCAACGGCAACAUGGGCGUCGACACUUCGGCCCUAGGUCUCCCUGGAGAUUCGCCUGAUGCUGAUCCGGACACACCGCGCAGGCCGCGAAUGCGAAUGAAGAGGGGAGGGGCGGUGCUCACCCCAGAUCGUAAUGGAGUUUUUGAGCCAGAGACGCGUAAGAAGAGGAAGCGAGGCCCCAGCUCCGCCAUUUCUCACAAGCGACCGCGCAUUCAAGGUAACAGAAAUUCCAUACAUUUCAACGCCGUCUACCAAAACAGACGCGCCGCCAAGAAGCACACCAUUAUCCGGGUCCCCGAGCACGAGGAUCCUGUGCGCCCGCCCAAGUUUUACAUCUUACGCUGUGAGCAUCACGACAUCGACUUUAACGACAAUCCAUUACAGUCCGGUUUGGCCCAUUUAUCAGAAGCCCAUCCCCAGCAUGAGGACCCUUCAUUCGAGACUGUUGUUCAGCACUUUGGUUAUGAGGUUAUUGGCUGCGACGAUGAAAAACUCAUUCAAAACAACAAAGUCGCCACGGAAGCCUUUCAAAAAGGUGACAGAGGAGCGCGAGACUUUAUUCGAGUCACUGAUUCGCCUUCACCCAAGACACCGCGUAAGAAAGCCAGCAACGCCGCGAAAAAGGGCCGGUCAAGUCGCAAGUCCCGCAGCGCAUUCAAUCCUCGCGACUUGGUUCCUGGAGAUGUCUACAUCAUCUACUGGUCCUCAUCGAAACAGUGGUAUUGUGGUCUGCAUAUCCCCUUGCAAGAUCCCGAAUCCGUUGGCAUAGAAGAAUCCCUCGAGGCCUUGGGGCUACUUAACAACAUACCGCCUUGCUAUGAAUACGACACCUCCAGCAAGUCAUUCUCCUGGGCAGAGGGUUAUGAAGAUGGCGGGGAGGACGCUUCAGAACAGCACUUUCCAUUCAUGUUCUUUGAGGGCCUUGAGUUUCCUGACCUUUGCCAUGUUGCUUGGAUUCCCAUCGACGAAAUUCAACCUUGGGAUGAGGACAAGGCGUUGAUGAUUGAGCAUAGCGACCAGGCUUUUGAAUAUCUUAAGAAGCGGAAGGCAGCACAGCAGCCCAAGCGGUUGGGUUCAAGUGACGAGAUUCCAGACUCGGCUGAUGAUAACUCCACGUCGGAUCUUGCUCCUCGGUCACCAGUUGCAGAGUUUUCAACAGACUUUCAACCUGCUCAGAACGCUGAGGCCGUUACACCCAACACAGCUCCAGAAGCUGAUGCUGCUGAUGAGGCUGAUGAGGCUGAAGAUGCAGACGUAACUGGGCAGACUGACGAAACGCUGAAGGACACCGGGGGAGCACCUGAAGAAGAACAGUGCAUUCUACCAGAGCCUGAAGAAACGCGGAAGGACACCGAAGAAUCACCCGAAGAAGAGCAGCAGACUCAAAUAGAGCCUGAAGAAACACAAGGCGCCCAGAUGGAAACCGAAGAAGCGCAAGACACUGAACUAGAGUCCGAAAACGAGCAGGACGUUCAAAAAGAGCUUGUAGAAGCUCAGAAGGACGCCAGGCUUGAAUCUGGAGAAGGGCAGGGCAUACUACCAGAGCCCAAAGAAGUGCAGAAUAAUGCCACGGUGGAAUCUGAAGAAGUGCAGAAGGAUACCCAAAUGGAUGUUGAAGAAGCGCCGGGCACUGAACCAGAACCCGACAAAGUCGCCGAGUCACCCGUACAGCCUGAAACCGUCGAAGACGAAGAUAUCACCAUGAGUUUAGAGGAAAGCCCUUCCGAAAGCGCUGCUCAACAGGCAAUCGAGGACAGCGAGGAUGUCGUAAUGGAAACUUCAGAAGAUUCAACCCCGGAGCCUCUGCAGCAGAAUGACUCUCAGUCUGAUAGGGACGAUCAGGAGAUUAUUUUUGAUACUCAGGAGGAUCCAGCCGAAAACGUGACCUCCGCAAAGGAACCGGAAGAAGUUACGACAGACCGAGUGCAGGAGAGCUCAUCUCAUGAAGCAAGAGAAGAACGUUUACCCAGUGUCGACUUGGCGGAUCUCCUAACUGCAGGCGAGGAUCUGGAAUUCCAAUUUUCACAGUCUGAACAGAGAGAACUCGAUCAAAAGCCGACACCUACACCUGUCCACGAGACAAUUAGUCCUUCUCGCACAGCAAACGACGUAGUCAACACAAAACAGGAAGAAAGCUUGCCUGCCUCGCCUACGCCUGAGACAACCAGUGUUACUCGUACGGAAAACGAUUCUAGUGAUGAGACACGGGAGGCCAGUCAACCUCAGCGCUCUUCUGUCGCUACGGAAUCUUCAAACGAUGAGACUCCACGGCCACGCCUCUCGUACGCUGAAAUGGGUCGAGCUUCUUCCUUAUCAGAGGGUAUUCCAAGCGAUGUCGUUGAAUCACGGCCGCAGAUUCAACCUGCUUCGAGACGAGCUAGAUCAGGGACACCGAAUCGCAACGCACUCGCUGCGCAGUCACGAAUGUCAUCGCUAUCAAUGUCACCUGUUGUAUCUCGACCGCCCGCAAUGUCACCGCCAGCUACAAUACCGUUCUCACCCACAGCGCCGUCUGCCUCAACUCCUUUACAGCUUCCAAUGAUGUCGCAGCCUCCGCCUUCUUCUCAGUCAUCAGUAGUACGCUCACCAACAUCGCAACACCCUCCUUCAGGGUUACAGCACCCAGUCUCGUCAUGGCCACUGGAUAACUCAUGGGCAUCGACGACACCACAGCGAUUAGGAACGUCACCAUCAUCGGCUCUUGCACGUCGGCCUGCACCAUCUCAGCCAAUGGCAAUUUCACAACCGCCGCCAUCAUCACAACCUCCAACGGCCAGGCCCUCGACAUUAUCCCGCCCACCUUCAUCUCAACCAUCGCCUUCGAAGCCACCGUUCCGUGCCCCUACAGCGCAAAUGGAGCCCGCAGCGCAAGUAGCAAUGUCUCCUGGACCUGCUGUGUCUAACGGCGAAAAGCCACACAACGUACGGCCGACAUCGCAGGUCCUGGCACCACCCCGCCACUCACAAGUAGAUAGUCCACUGCCAGAAGAUGCUCAGAAUCGCUCUGAAGUCUUGAGACAUCCUCAUGCAGCUCAACCCAAGGCGCCUGCACAGGAUUUGAGAAACAGUCCCCGACCUAACCAAGUUCCGUGUGCGAUAAAGCCCAAGGCACCAUCCAAGCCCACAGUCGAGAUUGUCUUGCUUAACCGUCAAGCAGUCGAUCAAGCGCGGUCACAGUCCAUGACACCUGGACAGCAAGCAGCAGCGACCAGUCCUACACAAAUACCAGCAGCUCAUGAAGGGCAAAUAGAACCUGCACAGAUAACGCCAACACCGCCAGUUAUGUCUGCUGCCAGACCUGAAGCCCGGCCUGCGCGUCGUCCGCUCCCUCAGGAAAGACCAUCACCUAGGCCUUCUGCUUCACCAGUAAAGAGACGCGAAGCUCCCAAGGCCAUGCCGUUACCAAAAUUGGCUCCCAGUCCUUCCUCCCAGUCUUCUUCUGGGGCCGAGAACACCCCAGUAGCUCAGCCAGAACGACCAGCACAAAUACCCUCAGGUCAGCCAACUGCCAGAUAUGCUUCUCGGCCUACUUCCCCAGUACACCAUAACUCACCCCGCUUGCCGCCUAUGAAUGUCCCUCUAGAAGGACACUAUCUCCCCAAUACGAUGUUAGCCCAACAACAGGCGACUCUAUCGAGACCUGGUUCUUCGGGGCAUGUUGGGCCACAGCCUAUGCCUUCUCCUCGUCUGGCUGCUCGAUCUAUAUCGCGACCCGGCUCUGCAUCCCAAAUGCAAAUUAGAUCACAGGCUAUGCCGUCUCCCCAUCAACUGGCGGCAGAAGUUCAGCGACCUCAGUCCAGUUUCCAAGGGCAUCCUGGGUCGCAGCCGAUGUACUCUCCCCGACAAGUUCCUGGGGAUAUUCCUCACCAUGCUUCAGUCUAUGAAAGGCAGCCAAAUCAUGGCCCUGCUCCAUCACCGCGGCGUCCCUAUGCUGUUCCAGUGCAGCCGCCCCCGUCGCCACACCAACCCUUCAGUCAUUUUCCCCACCGAAGCCCUGAGAUGCAGGGCAAUGGUUAUGUUUCCCAGCGUCAUGCAUUAACUGGUACCUUGUCACCGCAGUCGUCAACAGCGGAAAAUCAAUUACCGCCUAUCCGAUUAUCAAAUAUCUCUCGUCCUCGAUCUGAAGCCCACACAGGUCCUAACAUGAUCUCGCCGCCUCAGACCGCUGUGGGGGCUCGACCAGGACACUAUACAGGACAUCAACAGCCUACGCCGCCUAUUAUGCAAUCACCGCGUUUAUCUGCGGCCGAGAUUUCCAGGCCGCACACGGCAAGCAACAUGCGUCCUCCCCUAGCUACGAUGUCACCAAUCCUAGGGCACACAGAACCGCGUAGGCCAAAUUCAAGCUACACUCAAGCCAUGCCUUUUCACGCCCCCUUGCCGACCAUGCUGCCAAACUAUUCGAGCACAGGCUACCAGUCAUCAGCACCGUCUGCACACCAGUACGCCCAACCUAAUCGUCCACAAGGUCACCUUCGAAGACAUUCCGAGAGCGCAUGCCAGCCCCAACUCCAGCAGUAUGCACUCGCUGGUAGCCCGCAGAUAGCAAAUUCUACACCACGGUCCUAUCAGUCGCAUGAGCCUGAUCAGGGUCCGAGACGCAAUCGGGCUCUAGAUCCCUUCCUCCCCGAGCUCUCUCCUAAUGUUCGUAAAGCACUCCUGGAGCUAGUUCAAACAGAAAGAGCCGAUCUUGUCCCCUGCGACUUUCUCAACAACGACAACAGGUACCGAUGCCCUUUUUGCAAGGAAACGACUCCGGAGCCAACAGCGCUUAUCAAUCACAUCAAGAUGAGCUGUCCAAUGCUGGAGGAGACGUAUAAGCAGGACAAGAAUGAGCAGGCCUUUGAAGCGAAUCGGGGCAAGCGAGUCAAGCCAGUUAAGAGAAAGAGUCAGAUGGCACAGGUAGCCAAGAAUGCCCGAGUUCGGAGUUGA